AUGGUAGAUAUACUACGAUACUACAUCACCUUGACCGCUUACGAUCCAGCUAGCGGUUCCCACCUGCCUUUGCAGGUUCAUGUAGAUGAAGAUGUGCCUAACUAUUUGGCUUUGACUGUCUCUGUUGCUCGACCUAAAGGUGACUCGGGACGCACCAGGGAGCUCAUCUCCACCAUGGAGCCUCUCUCCACGCUUUUGGUUGAUGAGCCUCCUGUUGACAAAUUGCCUGAGUGGCCUUCUGAGGAUGCUUUCAGUGUUAUCAAACGAUUUUAUUUGGUGGAAGAAUCAGAGUUGCAACAUAAUGAUUGGAUUCUUCUAUACUUGCAACUACAAUUUUUUUAUUUGUUCAUGUACACUUACACUCUGUCCAAGUUGAAGAUUGUGAAAGUGGCCAUAGAAGCAACUGAUGAAGAAGAUGCCACUGAGAGAUGAUUCAAUGCCAAAAGUGCAAUUGUGUACAUAACUUUUAAGGGUUUGGCCAUUCGCGGGAUGAGUGAUCAUUUUGAAUGGAAAGCCAUCGUUAGAAGGCUCAUCAAUGAGCGCACAUGAUCUUUGAGCCUCCUUGGUGACUUUUCAGGUGAAGAAAACAAUUACAAGUUUAGCACUACCAUGAAUGCUCCUGAAAGCCAUGAAUUUGUUGAAAGCUUUCUAAGUGGAACCAACUCUUAUGGCGAUCCGACGAACCAUUUUAUCUAG